ACAACUCUUCCGACGAUAUCCCCCCUGUAAUCGACCAUGAUUGCUGGAGCAAUGAAUCGUUUUGUGCGGACAGGAAGCUCUGGUAUGCCUUGGGUAAGCUGAAGGCAGAAAAAGCUGCAUGGAGAGUAGCAGAGGAGAGAGGGUUGAAACUGGCCACUAUCUGCCCUGGCCUUAUUAUUGGUCCUGAAUUCUGUCAAAGAAAUCCAACCUCAACUAUUGCUUAUCUCAAAGGAGCACAAGAGAUGUAUAGACAUGGGUUGUUGGCGACUGUUGAUGUUACCAGAUUAGCCGAGGCAGAGGUAUCCGUGUUUGAGGCGAUGAACAAGACAGCGUUUGGGAGGUACAUAUGCUUUAAUCAAGUAAUUGGGAAUGAGGAUGAGGUGGAAAAGUUGGCAGAGAUGGCAGGGAUACAAAUUAAUAUGGUAUCAGAAAAUACAGCCAGCAAUUCUGCAACUCGAUUCAAAUUGUCCAACACAAAGCUAUCGACGCUAAUGACAAGAACUCUGAGAUGUAAUAAUGUAUGUUAG